GCAGGUGAAGAACAAAAGCCUAAAUCUGGAAGUAAACCCCAAAAUAAACCAGCAGUGGGUGGACUCAACCUGCUUAAAACAUUUCUGAGCCAAAGAGCAAAGAGACCCAGAUUGUACCGCUAACCCUCAGUAAGAUCCUGUGCCGGGGAUUUGUCACUCUCCAGGAGCCGACAAGGGCAGGACGGGACUGCAUCACCCUUCAUCCUCUGCAGAUAGACUGGCAACGAACACGCCUUCAUUUUCCGGACGCAUCUCGAUUGUGAUCCCUCCCCCAGAAAAUCUUGGUUUUGGGGCAGCAGAAAGACACUUGCAGGGCAGUGGCUCCCUGAGCACCCCCCAAACGGUUCUCGAUGUGACUCCCACCCAGGAUGCACCAUGUCUCCCCGGCACCGGCUCUGACGAUGAUGGCCACCCAGACGGUGCCCCCUCCUCCCUACCAAGACACCCCACAGGUGAGUGUCCCCCAUCACCCAUGAGCUCCUCCAGACCCCUUGUGACCCCCAACUCCUGCGGCGGCCGCCAACGCGCCGGUACCCGCCGCGGCCGGCGACCCCCAGGCGCAGCUGGAGGCCGACAAGCGAGCUGUCUACAGGCACCCGCUGUUCCCGCUGCUGACUCUGCUCUUUGAGAAGUGUGAGCAGGCGACACAGGGCUCCGAGUGCAUCACCUCGGCCAGCUUUGACGUCGACAUCGAGAACUUUGUCCACCAGCAGGAGCAGGAGCACAAGCCCUUCUUCAGCGAUGAUCCUGAGCUGGACAACCUGAUGGUGAAGGCAAUCCAGGUGCUGCGCAUCCACCUUCUGGAGCUGGAGAAGGUCAACGAGUUGUGCAAGGACUUCUGCAACCGCUACAUCACCUGCCUCAAAACCAAGAUGCACAGUGACAACCUACUCAGGAACGACCUGGGGGGGCCCUACUCCCCCAACCCCUCCUCCAUCAGCCUUCACCCCCAGGAGAUGCUGCAGAGCUCACCCGCGGCGCUGCCGCCCACCUCCAACCCACCCCCGGGCAUCGUGGUGCCGGCAGCCGCGCUACCCCCAGGCAACUUGGCCAUGAGCGCCAGCAGCGGCUCACCCGCCGUGCCAGGUGGAGCCUUGUACCAGCCCGUGACGAUGGUGACGUCACAGGGUCAGGUCCUCACCCAAGCCAUCGCCCCCGGUGCCCUGCAGAUCCCCAAUGCCCAGGUGAACCUGGAUCUCACCUCCCUCCUCGACGGUGAGGACAAGAAGUCCAAGAACAAGCGGGGUGUCCUGCCCAAACAUGCCACCAACAUCAUGCGCUCAUGGCUCUUCCAGCAUCUCAUGCACCCCUACCCCACAGAGGACGAGAAGAGGCAAAUCGCUGCCCAAACCAACUUGACCCUCUUGCAAGUCAACAACUGGUUCAUAAAUGCCCGACGGCGCAUCCUGCAGCCAAUGCUUGACGCCAGCAACCCAGACCCAGCCCCCAAAGCCAAGAAAAUCAAAUCUCAGCACCGGCCCACUCAGCGGUUCUGGCCCAACUCCAUCGCCGCUGGGGUCCUGCAGCAGCAGGGCAGCAAUUCGGGGACAAAUCCUGACGGCUCGCUCAGCAUGGACAACCUGCAACCCCUCUCGUCAGCCACGGCCACCAUGGCCAUGCAGCAGGCCAUGCUGGCGGCCCAUGACGACUCCCUUGACGGCACUGAGGAAGAGGAGGAGGAUGAGGAGGAUGAGGACGAGAUGGAGGAAGAGGAAGAAGAGGAGGAAGAGCUGGAGGAAGAGCCUGGUGGUCUUCCAGCGGCACCUGGCGCCGACCUUGGCUUGGACCACAGUGACUCACUGGAAUAGCUCCUCCUGCACCCUCCCAAAUCACUGACAGCACCGGAAACAAAAUUCCCCCCCAAAUGCCAAAAAACCCCGGCAAGAACGGAAACAAAAUCGGUGAGAAAAAAGCAAAUUGGAGGCACUGGCGGAUGCCCCGGCUGCCCACAGGAGCACGGGGACCACCACAUCAGCGUGUGGAAGUGAAGGACACAUGUUUACAAGGCACAUAUUGUGGCCAGAUUGGUUUUUUUUCAGGUUUUAUUCUUACUUUUCCCUUUUCCCCUUCAUUUUUGGUAAGAAAAAGCAGUUUUAGGGGAAGCUGUUUUCCCCAUGUGAUGCUUGGAUGCUGUUGGACAACAGCGGUUUUCACCGUGGGCCACCACAUCCAUCACUUGGAUUUCUUGGUGAAAAAAAAAAAACAACCAACCCCAAGACUGAUGUUUUUUGGGUUUUCCCAAAAAGAUGAUUCACGGGCAUAAAUACCGGCACACAGGGAAAAUUAAAAAAUCAGCAAGUGCAAGUUCUGUUUCAGGUUGGAUCUGGGAAGAGUUUGGUGCUCUUGACCCACCAUAUUGCCCAAACCUCCCUGUUUUGGCCCCGAUGCUGUGGCUGUUUGGUGACUCCGGAUGCAACUUUCUGGAAAAAAGAGGAAAUUCCUCCAAAUCCUUUAAUUUAUGUGCUAAAACCCCAUCGAAUCUGGAAAAUAAUCACCCCAUCCUCGUCCUUAAGGGCUGAGACUGGACGCAGAGUUGGGGCAAAGGCUGCCAGGAGUGAGACUUUCUCACAGUGUUUUGGCACUUGAGUCAGGAAAAAAAUGGGG